CGCGCGGGCGAAGUCGGUAAAGGGACCGGCGGGGUCGGCCGUCCUCGGGAUGACGAGGCUCGUUACGGUGGCGCCCGGGACCCCGUCCCGCUCCGCCCUUCUGGUGCCGCUCGCUUCCGAGCGGGCGGAGAGGGGGCGCGAUGCGUGCGUGCGGCGCUGCGGGAGGAGCUGGAGAAGACACGGGGAGAGAUGACGCAUCUCCAGGAGCGCUUUGACGAGCUCAAGGAGGACUUCGCCGCUCAUCGCGAGGAGGCCCAGCGGGAGGCGGCGCUGCACGCUGCCAACCUGGAGGAGAAGCAGGUCCGGUUGGAACACCUGAAGGAGGUCGUCUUUGAGCUGGAGGACGAGGUGGAGCAGCACCGGGCCGUGAAGCUGCACGACAACCUGAACAUCGCGGCGUUGGAGGAUUUUGUCCGGAAGCUACAGGACGAGAAACGUGACAUGGAUCGCGAGAUUAAGGCUCUGCAGCGAAAAUACAAGGACGAGUCGGCCGAGUGGGACCGGCUCCGCGCCGAUCUGCACGCGGCCGUGGUGGUGGCCGGUGACAUUGCCUGCAGCGCAAAGGACGAGGUGGAGGCUCUAAGGCGGCGCCUCCUCCAGGCCCGGCGGGAGAACGAUGAGUUGAGCCGAGAACUGGAGGAGCAAAGGAACCACAGGGCAGCCGAGGAGAGGGCCCAGGUGCACACCCACACGAGAGACCCGUGUGCUCUGAGCUCGGGGACGAGGCCCAACCGCUGGUGCUCCACGUUCUCCUCGCCUAACGUCAGGAGCCUCAUCAGGUCCUUCGACUGCGUCUCGCAAGGUCCAACACCGGGCCCCAGUUGUUUGGCCGCAGCGUCAGUCGGGACACCUUUCAGCUGCAGCCCCCUGAAGAGCCCACCAGCAGCCACUGUCUACCCCCUUCAGAGACCCUGUGUUGAUGGAACCCCUCCAGUUGCCCAUGACCCCUCCUUCCCUACACGCGGUGUGUUCGACAAAUCUGCAGAGAACAUCACCUCCACAUCACAGGUGUAUGAUCUUGGUGUAGCUGCUGACGUUGUGUCUGACGUGGUCUCCUCCACAGCCAGCCCAGUUUCCAGCUGCAGCAGGGAGAAAGUCCAGAAGGAUGUGGACCCACACAGCGCUACCGUGGCCCUGAACUCUUCUUCACGGCCCUGCUCCACAUCCGCCGUGCCGGUGUCACAAGGUGUCCCCCGGGAGCAGCAAACAGACCCCUGGUCAACACUGGUGCACAGGACUGGAGAGUCCAGGUGGAACGCGCUACUCAGGUGGUGCCAGAGGAAGACUCGAGGGUACCAGAACAUCCACAUAAAGAACUUCAGCAGCAGCUGGCAUGAUGGCCUGGCUUUUUGCGCCAUCCUCCACUCCUACCUGCCAAAACACGUCCCUUUCUGGGAGCUAAACAGCCAGGACAAGAGGAGGAAUCUGAUGCUGGCCUUGACGGUGACACAGAGUAUAGGAAUUAAGUGCACUUUGGAUGUUGAUGAGAUGAUGUGGACGGAGAGACCCGACUGGCAGAGCGUGAUGACCUACAUCAUUUCCGUCUACGAGUAUUUUGAGACCUGAAUUACUGUCCCUUUGCCCAAAGGACUGACAGAUGGCCUCCCACCCCUGCAUCCCUACUCCGUGCCAUGAUGUGGUAAAUACCCCGGAUACCACUCAGCACAGAGGUGGCUGCAGGGAAGAGGGCUGUCACGUCCAUUCUGCACAAAGAUCUCGUCACAGGCUGCGUCCAGCAUACAGUCGCAUGUAGUUUUCCUUUUUAUUUUCUUUUAAACGGUUCAAAACUCUUAAAUUCACAGUUUCAUUCUAACUGUAGAGGUCAUAUUAGUGAAAUGGCAACAGAAAAAAAGAUUUCUUCAGCAUGUUGAUUUUUAAUACCUUUUCACAAAAAUGUGGUUUUCUGAAUAUUUUUGGUCACAAUGUCACCAUAUUUGGACAGGCUGACAAAAUA